AUGUCUAUACACAAUUCUCCGCAAAACAUGCCCGUCAAGGGGUUCACGAUUUCUCAGACGACGCUCGGCGCUACCCUGCAGUUCGAGCCUGCUCUGAACUCGGCGGAGCUCGACGCCAUGAUUGACGCCUAUGUUGCUGGCUCCGACACGAUCCAGCAGAAGCGGGCUACUGUUUGUGUCGAGUUCUUCAGCUAUGCUGCUCAGACCGGCCAGACAAAUGAUCUGCAGCUCUUCUUCCCGGUCUACCCCACGGCAUUCAGUACCGAGUCCCCGGCCUCGCUCAGCGACUCGGGCUGCGGGUCCGGCUUCGACGUGUCCCCGGUCGUGUCCGACAUGACCUGGGACAGCUUCACCAUGGCCGCCCCAGCUACCCCUGCUACUCCUGCCACACCUUCCUCGGCUUUCGUCGCCCCGAGCCAAAACCGGGUGACCAAGCCCAAGGCGGCCGGGUCCUCGCGCAAGGCCGGCUCGCGUGCCACGGCCAAUGAUUUUUCGCACAUCCCAGGCAUGAAGAUCCUGACCAAGGACGGCGUCGACGUCACCAACUCGGCGUCGAGGGGCUCCAAGACCAAGGCCAUGCGCGAACAUGCCCACCUCAUUCGUCUGCUCAAGGCAUGCGACAGCUGCAAGAAGAAGAAGGUGCGCUGCGACCCUUCGCACAAGAGGCGAGCUUCCGGCCCGGCCCCGACUGCUGUCGAGGCCACCAAGGCCAAGAAGACCAAGUCGGCGUCCCCUCCGGUGACGCCUCAGGCCGAGCCUGCCGCUCAGCAGGCCUCUUUUCAGGUCGCCUCGGCCGAAACCACUCCGUUUGAAGCUCAGCUUGAGUCGCUUGACUCGUUCGACUGGGAGAAGUUCAUGCAGCCCGAGGACGACAUAUUUUCGCUCCCCAUCGACUACAACUACACCCUGGACGCCCGGGGCUUCCUCACUCCGAGCUCGGGAUCCUCAUGCUCGCCAUCCCAGCCCUUCACCCCAGCUCCUGCUGUCGGGCUUGCCUCCUUCGAAGCUCACGACUCGUUUGCCGCUGGCAGCCUCGACCUGCAAGCUCAUCUUCAACAACCACAGCUCCCGUACCUCUACAAUGACGGCCACACCGGCGACUACGUCGACUUUACGCUCUACUCGCCGGCGUCGAGCUUCCUGGACGAGGAGCUGCAGGAGAUGCAGUCAACCGGUCCCUCGCCCAGCAGCGCCUUCAUCGGCUGGUCCAGCGAGCCUGCAGUGACGGGUCACGAGAGGAUAGAGCGCCAGGAGGGGGCAGAGAAUCGCCAUUCGCCCCAGCGCGUGCGCGCUGUCUCGCCCUCGGCAGCCCUCGACCGUGGGGCGUCCGAUCCAGAUCGUCCACCGCGGGUUCCUGACCGAGACGAUCCAGAAUGCGCUGGCGGCGUGCUAGGGUCCCGCCACGCUAAUCCUGGCGAUGCGAACCUCGUCGCUGCUCACAACAGCCUAGGCGGAGCAGGAUCCAUUCAAACAUCCCCCAGCAUUCGCGCGAACAUUGCAACUUCCGAAAAGGCCUCUUGUGGUCAAGAUAUACAUGGUUGUGGUGGCGGCGGCGACCAUGGUGAUGUGCAGUCGCAGCAGCAUCUUCUCGGGACAUUCUCGACACUUGGCCCCAAGCGGGAGCGAAAGCGACAGACGGUUCUCUCCACAACUCUCUCACCCGACCAGCAAUCAUGGUCUAGUAGCGUGAGCAGCGAGACCAUCCUCACGAGCCUCUCCGUGCCACUAGCACCAAGUGCUCCUCGAGUUUCCCAGAACAAGGCAAGACGAUCCGAGCUCGUCAACACCAACGAGAUUGUCGAGACCGCCAAUGCUUUCAACGCUGGCUACAUGGUCGCGCUCGCCCCGAAGAUGGCUGUCCUGGCCGCUGUAACACUUGGCGGCACUGAGGGAAGAAGUACCCCAACCACUGCCAUCAGCGCUGUCAUGCAGCCGUCAUCGGGCACCUUGCCCUCGCAGUCGUCUUCGAACCGCUUCUCCAAGAAGCAAAAGGUCGUUUCCAGCAAUAUCCAGUCUUGGGCAAUGCUGGCACCGUUGGGCUUCAUGCUCGCACUGGCCAAACAUGCGCAAGAGGCGUCCGCGCUCCUGCCCAUCGUUGCCCUCGUGGCUGCAUCGGCACUGCUUCAGCAGCUCGGCUCGCAGUAUUCUGUCUCAUCGACGCAGUUCUUGUCAUCUCGGGACCAGUCCAAAGCGACGGCAUCUGGCAGUGUCAAUGGGAACAGCGCAAAGCUCACCACCCAACUAGACGGCCUGCGAUCCGCCGCCUCGCACCGCAUGUCCCGGUGUCUCCGCCAAUGGACCGCAAUCUGCGGCUGCUAG